AAAUCUGCCACUGGUACAGCAAUGUAAACUAUCAUAAUGAAUAAUUAUUCUUUAGGACAUAUAUUCUAAUUAUAGCACUGCAGGAUUUGUCAGAGAUGAUCUACUGGUAUACCACUAAAUUUUCCUCAUUUUCUUUAUGUGGUUUUCAGUAUUUCAUAUUUCAUUUUGUAUUCAUAGCUGGACUUGCAGUGGGUCCAAGUGCUGGCAGAAGGUUGGGCCAUGCCACUGACAGGGUUCAUGAGAGAGAGGGAGUACCUGCAGUGUAUGCACUUCAAGUGCUUACUGGAUGGAGGGACCAUAAACCAGUCAAUUCCAAUUGUUUUACCCAUCACGACAGAGGACAAGGAGCGCCUGAAUGAUUGUGCUGCCUUUACGUUACGCUAUGAAGGAAAAACUGUGGCCAUAUUGAGAACACCCGAGUUCUAUGAACACAGGAAAGAGGAAAGGUGUUGCCGUCAGUUUGGAACCAACAACACAGGGCAUCCAUAUGUUAAGAUGAUCCAUGAGUCUGGUGAUUGGCUGGUUGGUGGUGACCUUGAAGUCGUGGAGAGAAUCUUUUGGAAGGAUGGCCUGGACCAUUAUCGUCUUACACCAAAUGAACUCCGAGACAAAUUUAAGGCUUUGGGGGCAGAUGCAGUGUUUGUGUUCCAACUUCGUAAUCCAGUGCACAAUGGCCAUGCCUUGCUGAUGUCUGACACUAAACGUAGACUCCUGGAGAGAGGAUUCAAAAACCCAGUGCUCUUGCUCCACCCACUGGGUGGCUGGACCAAAGAUGAUGAUGUCCCACUACCAAUUAGGAUGAACCAACACAAAGCUAUUCUGAAUGAGAGAGUAUUGGACCCAGAUAGCACUGUGGUGGCCAUCUUCCCUUCACCUAUGAUGUAUGCAGGACCCACAGAGGUCCAGUGGCAUGCCAAGGCACGCAUGUGUACAGGGGCCCACUUCUACAUAGUUGGACGUGAUCCAGCCGGAAUGCCACACCCAGAGGGCGGAGAUCUUUAUGAGCCAACACAUGGGUCAAAGGUUCUGACUAUGGCUCCUGGUCUGACCCAGUUUGAAAUAAUCCCAUUCCGUGUAGCAGCCUACAACAAAAAGCUUCAAAAGAUGGACUUUUAUGACCCGGAAAAGAAAGAGGACUUUGAGUUCAUUUCAGGGACCAAGAUGCGCAAGCUGGCACGUGAAGGAGAAAAUCCACCAAAAGGUUUCAUGGCACCAUCAGCAUGGAAGGUGAUGAGUGACUUCUACCAGUCACAGGCCAAGAAGUCUUGAUUCCACACCUGAACACAUAGGAAAAGAGGAUUUCUUACUUUAGUUUGUUUAAAUACUUCAGGCAGCCCCUUAGUGACUAAUAAUUCAAUUGAUUUACUUAAGUUUGCUAAAAUAGCCUGUGCUAUCGAGUCCCAUUCUCAAAAGUAAAAUAGUAGAACUGGCAAAAAUCAUUUUUAUGUCUGUAAAAAAGAUUUUUAAAAAUACCUACACCAAACAAUUUACAAUGUAGUUGUUAGUUAGGUUCAUUUUAUAAAAAUAUUUGAACCAAUGACCUCAGAAAAAAAGACAUUGCUCCUAACUAACAUGCUGCCAAAUCAUUCUGUGCCAGUAGGGGAUUUACAAAACAAUGUUUAAAUAAAUCUUACCUGCCACUUAUUAUUACUAUUAUUAUCUUCUCUAUUAUAGGUAAGGUGAUAUAUUUAGACUUUCUUUUUAUUAUCCGCUCUGAUAUCUGAUCAAGACACUAUUUGUGAAGUAGUGAUUGAAGUCAUUUUUGUGAUGUAUACAAAUUUUAUUCUCUGAAAUAUUUAUUUAAUCAUGGGUUAAUCAUGGAGCACAAGAUGAAGUAAAAUGAUAACAGAAAAUACCUCUAUAUUCAAAAUUUGCCCUUGAAGACUAGUCUGGAGUGUUAGAACACACUGGCGAGAUUUACCAUUAUUUCAGAAAUAAUAUACUCCUGGAUCUUUAAUGGCUUUUGCUUUGUUAAAUGACGUAAACCAUGCUGUUCUUAUCAUUACAUUAACCAAGUAGAGCAUCUUAAAUGCCACAAUGUUUUCAAAUAUAGAUAAAUGUUUUUCAGUGGAACCAAUAGCACUAGUCUUGUAAAUAUUUGUUAUAUACAGGAAAUUGGG